UUCAUCAAAAGCUUGAGAGAAUGUCAAAAAAGAUUAACGAGAGAAUGUCAAAAAAGAUUAACGAGCUGCUUCGUUACUGUGAAGAGAUCUUUGAGAGAGGAAAUCUCGAACUUGCAUUACGAUGCGCUGUCUCAGUCUCCAAAGCGAAUCCUGAUGCUCCUCAACCUUACGCACACGUCACAGCUUACAGAAUCCUUUUGGCAGCAGCUAAUAACCGCACGGUCGCAGGGGAGCCUGACUGGUACGCUGUGUUGGGAAUCAACAAACGCGGAUCUUCAAAGUCUCUGACGAACUCCAUUGAGAGGCGGUGCUCGGAAUUAAUCGAGGUUUUGGAUGGCGAGACUGGGGUCUUCAAGGUGGUUUUGAGGGUUUAUGAUGUGGUCAGAGUCGGUGUGGCCGAGUUGAUGGACGAAGAUAGGAGAAGAGCAUAUGAUCUCCGCUCUGGAUUUCUAAUAUCAUCAGCUGAAUCUAUAAGUCUUUUAAGUUAAUUUUUCAAGUACAGAGUAGGCUCUGUAUUCUAUU